UUUUUUUUGGUGGGUGGCAUAAUCGAGUCAUCUUUCUAUGCUUCUCUCUCUCUCUGUUCCAUUCUUAUGUUCUUGAAUUAAUACCUCUCUCUUCGUUCGUCAUCUGGGUCUGCCUCUAUUUUUUGCCAGGCUCUGUAUACCGUCGUCUACUACCCUCCUCUAGCUCCUCCACUCUAUAUCCUACUUGGUCUAUACCCCGCCAUUCUCCGAGUCUACAACAGUAGUUGUCUGCUUCAAUUCCAGCAAUGCCUCUUGUCAACACUACAGAAGUCAGCGAGGACACUCGCGUCCUGGGCUAUGAUCCCCUCCUCUCCCCUCAGUUCCUUCAGUCCGAAGUCCCAGCUCCCCCCCAUGCCAUCGAUACCGUCCGCUCCGGCCGUAACCAGGCAAUCGAGAUCAUUGAACAGCGCGAUGACCGGUUGCUAGUCAUUGUUGGGCCCUGCUCCAUCCAUGACCCCGAGACUGCCCUUGAAUACGCCAAUCGUCUCAAGGAGGUGGCUCAGCGCCUCUCCUCCGACCUCUGCAUCAUCAUGCGUGCCUAUCUCGAAAAGCCCCGCACCACGGUGGGAUGGAAAGGUCUGAUCAAUGACCCGGAUAUCGACGAGUCCUUCAACAUCAACAAGGGUCUCCGCGUCUCCCGUAAGCUCUACGCCGAUCUCACCGGCAUGGGUAUGCCUAUUGCCAGCGAAAUGCUCGACACCAUCUCCCCCCAGUUCCUGGCCGAUCUCAUCUCGCUCGGAGCCAUCGGAGCCAGAACAACCGAGUCCCAACUGCACCGUGAGCUGGCUUCCGGUCUUUCUUUCCCCAUCGGUUACAAGAAUGGCACCGACGGCAACCUGACCGUCGCCAUUGACGCCAUCGGUGCGGCAGCCCACCCCCACCGCUUCCUCGGUGUGACCAAGCAGGGUCUCGCCGCUAUCACCAAGACCUCAGGCAACGAGCACGGCUUCGUCAUCCUGCGCGGCGGCAACAGGGGCACCAACUACGAUCGCGAGAGCAUCAAGAAUGCCCGCGAGGCCCUGCGCGGCAAGAAGCAGCGCGAAGUGGUCAUGGUCGAUUGCUCGCACGGAAACUCCAACAAGAACCACCGCAACCAGCCGAUCGUCGCGAAGGAGGUUGCCGACCAGCUCCGCGAGGGCCAGGACGCCAUCAUCGGUGUCAUGAUCGAAUCUAACAUCAACGAGGGUAACCAGAAGGUGCCUCCCGAGGGUCCCUCCGGUCUCCUCAAGGGUGUCAGCAUCACCGAUGCCUGCAUCAACUGGGAAACCACCGUCACCGUCCUGGACGACCUUGCGGAUGCCGUUCGCGCCCGACGAACCCUCAAGGCCCAGACCACAAACAGUGCUUCUCAUUAAAUGAGAUAUACCUUGGACUUGGCUU